UCAAGGUAAAGCGAAAUAAAAUGCGUUUUGAAAUCAUGAAAGCCGGCAAGGUGAAAUUAUGCGCGUCACUUUGUAUGUGGCUUGGAAUAGUUACCUGGAUAGGAAAUGUUAAGUUGUAUUUUUGGUCGGUUUUUGUCCAACAACCCACUGAGCGAGGCUCUGGCGUCGUGCUCUCGUUUACAAACGAGCAGGUAAAUGUCUCUGAAAGACACGCGCCAUGGAACGCAGGGUUGCAAGACGGCAAAAGUUUUCGUACGCGCUCCCCUUUGGAUAACGUGAUCGAGCACCGGGUCUUCUGGAGCGCGUGGCUGGAAGGUCUCUCCACUCGUGUUUUUGACGUGGAGCACGAGAGGAAGUGGAGAGAUCAUGUUCGGUACGCUCGGGUGGUUGUGCUGGAAGCGGGCUGCGGCAGACCAACAAACCGCCUCGCGACCUUCGCCGACGGCACGAGAGCAUGCGUGCGAUACGGCAUCGACGCAGAUCAAGUGCUGGGCGAAACCCUCUCUUAUUAUCUGGCUGAACUGCUUGGGAUUUCCAACCUUCCACCCUUGGCGCUUUCCAAACUGAACCUGUCGAGUGAGCAGUGGGCAAGUGUGCGAGAAAAUAUCGAGGCGUUAGAAUGGUCGCCAAAUGCCAUUGUGUCUCUCACGGAGUUCAUCCCAAAUGUCACUGGAGUGUUUAUUCCAUUACAUUUACGAAAACAGCAAGACAGUCUUCAACUCUCUGCCGAGACUAUAUCGAACAUGACUCUAACAUAUCUCGUUGAAUUAACGCAGUGGAGUGAUCUAAUCUUAUUUGAUUAUUUAACAGCCAACUUUGAUCGAAUUGUCAGUCACAUUUUCAGUCUCCAAUGGGACGCGCGCGUAAUGGAGAGGACAACUAAUAACCUUCUCAAAACAGUCAGUGGACAUUUGCUUUUUAUUGAUAACGAGGCAGGGCUUAUUCACGGAUACAGGGUGCUUGACCUAUGGGAACGAUAUCACACACUACUGCUAAGUUCGUCGUGUAUAUUUCGGAGAAGUACAGUCCGGCGAAUAUCUGAGAUGAAGCGCUCUGGAAACAGCGCAAAGCUGCUGUGUGAACUGUACCGCGCGAGGGAACCGUUGGCGCGCGAGCUGGGCUCUCUGUCCGAAGAGCACGCGCUUACAUUGCAGAACAGGAUUGAUGCUGUUUACAAACAUAUUAAGAAGUGCACGGAAAUCAUGUAGACAUCUGGGUGCUCAUCUCAAGUUUUUCUAUAGGUGCUACACAUUGAUCUAUUAAUAUUCGUUGCUGACUGUACUGUUAACUUCAUCAUAUGUGUCAUUCCAAUGUAGCCUACUGUUUUGUAGAUUUAAUGAAUAACGUGACAGAAUUGGACUAUAUUGUCGAGGGGCUGAUACACCUCUCCUGCUGAAAAACAAACAAACAAAGAAACAUCUUAAACCAGCUUUUUCUAGUGUGUUGGUUUUCCAGGCUGCUCUUUUUGGUUGGUUUUAGGAGGAUUUGGAGCAUUUUUCAGCUGAUAAGACCGGGAGACCAGAACACCAGUUUGGCCAGGCAAAGCUGGUUUUAGAUGUUUCUUCUUCUUCAUGAGGGUCCAUUUUGUACGAUUAAUAAUAAUAAAAAGAUUAAUCUUACUUGCAGUUAAAAAAAGUGUAUCUUCGUUUUCCUUUCAGGUUUCAGCCUGUGUGAAAUUUUAGCUGUUAGCUGCAGGGUUGGGGAAGUGUUGUAGCAUUUUUUUUCUUUUUUUUUUUUUUCUUUUUUUUUUGCACUGACUUAAAUUAGCAUGUGUCAAGGGGAAGAAACUUUCCCUAAAUUGUGUAAAUGCAUUUCUAAAGGAAUUGAAUAGACUCACACCCUGACGAAGGCUUGUAGCCGUAACGCGUAGGUGUGCACUGUCACCAGUUUUAAAAGCCAUGAUGAAUUAAAAACUUUUUCAACAUUA